AUCAGAUUCCUAUCGCACCCCUCCUCCCUGCUCCCAAUCUCCCCACCGCCGCCGCCCCCUCCCGAUCCAGUCCUCUCCCACCCACCGCCGACCUCGCCGUCCUCCUCACCCAUCGCCGCCGACCUCGUCCCUCCCUCCCCUCCCCGCAUUUCCCGGCCACCUCUACGCACGAGGAGAUCGAGCGAGCGCCCGAGCGCGCCCGUCCUCGCAGCCUCCUCCCACGAUUCCCCGCACCCGAGCCCCACGAGAGGAGCUCCUCCUGUGGUUUUGCACGCCGCCGCCGGCAACCACCAGCCACAGCUUGCCGGAGCCAGCAGAUGGUGCACUCCGCCGCCAUGGACGCUCGCGUCCCCGACCUUGCAGCGCGCCGCCCCGAUGCCAAGUCCCUCCUCGCCGUUCCUGCGCCGCCGAGCCGAAGCCUCGCCCAAGUCCAAGCGUCGCCGCUGUUUGCCUCCUCGCCAUGGCCUCCCCUGCUUCGUCUGGUUUACCGACAGAGCUCUGUCUCCGUCAACGUGUCCUCCCAUCGUCUCUGUUCACUGUCGGGCUCGAUCGACUCCAGCAGCACCCCCACGGUGAUGCUUCGCUCGGCACCCGAGGUUUAACUUAUUUGCAAGCUUCUGCUCCAAGAUGGCAAUCACUGCUGCCUACUCUGCUAUUUCACCUUGUGCUACCGAGAAAAUCACAUGUGGUGGAUGGCUUGAGGCAGGCAAAAAUGACAAUGACGAAGGUAGCGCAGUUCAGCGCCAUCCACUCUAGCGUUGAACACGAACAGGUCAACCCUGGGGUGUAUGGCGUUGAACAUGUUUGUUCCACAAAAGUGCUAAGUUUUUUCAAAUACCAAAGUGCUAACAUGGAAAGUGCUAUGGAACAAGAGGUACCAGAAGGUGGAGAACAAAAGAGUGAUGUUGCUGUUAUUGCAGACCUUUUCUCACUAAAGAAUGUCCCUCCAACACAUUUCUCCCUCACUGGUUGUGUUGUUUUGUUUGGUGCCAUCUUAUGAACCUGUGGUGUAAUGAUACUACUGGGCCUAACUUAAUGAAAUCCUGGAGAAUUACAUUAUUAUUGUCAUUAUAUUCUCAUUUGUUGGCUGAUUGCCAAAUUGUGUAAUGUAUUUUUCUUUUUUA